CCCACAUAACUAUUCAAUGUUUGGAUGCGUGGUUCUAUCUGUCACUUCUGCAAUCUGCUGUCAAGUGCCAACAUUCGUCAUUUCUGAAAUCAAAAUUGUGUUUGGGAAUUUUGAUAUUCUUUAAUUUACGGUAAAGAAAUGGAGUCGGUGGUCGAUGAACAACAGUCGUUUGGGUCCAUGCUGUUGACGCCUGCGUCUGUCGUACUGCAGUUCCUGGCUACAUAUGGGUGGUAUGUGGUGGGUGCAACAGCAGCUGCAUUGUACUUACUCAAUAAGUUGAAGAAAAGGUAUGCAGCAUACCGGCAAGCCAAGGAGGAUGCAGAGUAUCAUAAAGAUCCAGACAAGGCUCUAGCUCGCAUGGAGGCGUUCCAGCGAGCUCGUGAGCAACAACAGGAAAUGCUGCGUGAGGCCUCCCGACGUGCACGUGAGGCACAAGAAAAGCUGGCUGAGAAGAAGCGUAAUGACACGAUCCAGCGACUCAAGCGAUACGGUGCCGACGCCGGGCGCAGAUUAGCCGAAAUGGACGACGGUAUUUUUUUUUAUGCAAGUUACCUGCCGCUGAGUGGCGGCGCGUCCACCUCAACAUAUCGCGCUCCCAAGAAGAAGUGUCCCGGCGGUGGCUGCGGCCGCUAGAGCGCGUUUCAAUUCGUCGCUAUCAAACUCUCACCAACAGAUGGCGCGCUAACCCUGAUUUACUAAAAUAUGUUUUUAUUUGAAAUGAUUUGAUCAUGUAAUAUAAUUAUUGUAAUUAUUGUUUAUACAACAAAUUCAUCUGAAUUCCAUUGUAUAUUGGCUGAAUAGUUACAUUAAAAAGGUUUAAGGUGCUAAGUACUACCCAA